AUGCAGCAGCACCUCCUGUGUCACAGUGACAGCAAGUUCUACCUGUGUGUGCGAUGUCUGAAGGGAUUCAACGACACCUUCGAUAUGAAGCGCCACACUCGCAAGCAUACGAUGGUGCGUCCCUAUGCGUGUCCGCAAUGUCCGAGCCGAUUCAGUCAGCGCUGUUCACUGGAGGGUCAUCUCAAGCGGGUUCACACGAUGCAGUUGCACUUUGCUCGUCACCAGCGUCGUGAGGUGCUGCGUGUAUGCGAGCGUUGUGGAUUCACCUGUGACCACUACGCACAGCUGCUGACUCACACAGAACAGCAGCACCCCACUGACCAGGAUGCCAUCACUCGACUGCGCAAGCGUGUCAUUGCUGCUGCCAACAGAAAUGGUUCCUCAAUUCUGCACUUUCCCUAA